AUGAGUGUUUUUCAGCUUCCAUGGAAAUUAUGUGAGGAGUUAGAUGGCUUAUGUGCUAGAUUUUGGUGGGGCCAGGUAGGGAAUGAACGGAAAAUUUAUUGGAAAAGUUGGGAUAAACUGACAUUGUCAAAGAAGGAUGGUGGAAUGGGGUUUCGGGACCUUAGAGCGUUUAAUUUAGCUAUGUUGGCCAAGCAAGGGUGGAGACUAUUAAAUGAUACAACUUCUCUAGUCUAUCAAUGCUUUAAAGCAAGGUACUUCCCUAGAACUUCAGUACUUGAGGCUUCAGAGUCACCUAACUGUUCUUUUGUGUGGAGGAGUUUAGUGGCAGCCUUACCUAUUUUAAGAUUGGGACAUUGUUGGCGAUUGGGUGAUGGACUUUCUAUUAAUGUCUAUCGAGAUAGGUGGAUUCCUGAGUAUCCUACUAAUAAGCCCUUUUUGUCGGUGAGGGAUGAUGAAGAGGAAGUAUGGGUGUCAAGGUUGAUUAACCAAGACCUCCAUGUAUGGCGACGAGAUUUUAUUAUGGCUCAUUUCAAUCGGGAAGAGGGGGAAGCUAUUUGUAAUAUACCUUUAAGUCGAAGGCAAGUAUCUGACUCUAUUUUUUGGAAGCAUAAUAAGGAUGGUAUUUUCACAGUGAAGUCAGCCUACAAGGUUGCCAAAGCUCAUCUGAGGAAGGUGGAUUGGACUGAAUCAUCAUCCGGCAGUGGUGGUAGUCGGGUGUGGGCUGCUAUAUGGAAGCUAUGGAUCCCUAAUAAGAUAAAGGUGUUUGGGUGGAGGGAUGUUUGGCAUGAUAGUGUAAGGGCGUUGCAGAAGUGUGGGACGGGUCAGUUUGAUUUUGUUGCUCUAUUGGAGUAUUUGCUGGACCGGCUGGAUAGAACAGAGGUGGAGCUGUGGUUGGUGCAGGCAUGGCUGAUUUGGAACCAGCGGAACAGAGUAGUGCAUGGAGGCAAAUUAAUGGAACUGGGCUGUUUGAAUAGGCGUGCAUCUGAAUUGCUUGAGGAGUUUCAGCAGUCACAGAUACCCCCACCACAAGAUGUGUACAAGCUCAACUAUGAUGCUGCGGUGUUUGAGGACUCUGCUAGCUCUGGGUUCGGUGCGGUGAUCAGAAACUAUACUGGAGAAGUUAUGGCGGCGAUGACAGUUAAAGGUCUGGUAGUCCAGGGAAGUGAUAUGGCUGAACUACUCGCAUGUCGUAAGGUGCUAGAAUUCGCCAUUGAUGCUAGUUUCACGGUGCUUGUAGUGGAAGGGGACAGUGUUAAUGCUACAAGGUGGAUUGCUUUAGGUACGGAGAACCAGUUAGCUAUUGGCCAUGUUGUUGGAGACAUCCGGCAUCUGGCAGGAGCUUUGGAAUGGACGUCUGUGAGCUGCACUAAGAGAAAUGGUAAUAGGGUAGCACAUGAGCUUGCUAGGUUUGCCCAAAAGGUUAAUGUUGAUUUAUUUUGGAUGGAAGAGGUUCCAUCAGUUGCUAUUGAGUAUGUAAACAUUGAUGCUUCCUUGAUUUAA